UCACGGUUGAGAUGCUGUGAGGAGAUGUUGAAAGGAAAAGUGUCCUUCUCUUGGAAAUCAUUGUUCGUCGUCACACUGACCUCCGGCCUUGGCAUCCAGAUUCUUCAAACACAUAUUCCGCUUCCUCAGUCCAACCCUAGGAAUCAGAGAUGAUCUUACUAGUGAUUUUUAUCCUCAUAUUUUCUACUUGUGCCCAACAGGUAGAAAGGGAGAGGGAGGUUACGACUGGUCAACAAAUUGAUGCCGAGAAGGAUAGCCUCUUGACAAGAUGUUUUGAUCGAUGGGGUUGCCUUUCGAUUGGUGAACCAUUUUUCUCCUCCCUAAGGCCUAUAAGUUUAUUUCCAAUUCAUCCGGAUGCUCUGGACCCUCAAUUCCUUUUGGUAACACGAUCUGCUCCAGAUAUUUUCCAGAAAAUACGAGUUGGAAAUAAUUCGAGCUUUUCACAGUCUUUUUUUGAUCCCUUGCGACCCGUCAAGAUUAUUCUUCAUGGUUUUAGAGAAAGUGGAUAUCAGGACUGGAUUAAGGAUUUAAUUCGAGAGUUGCUGACUGCUGAUGAUUACAAUAUAAUAUCUGUAGAUUGGCGCCUGGGUGCAGCGCAAUCCUAUCCGCAAGCAGCUGCAAAUACUCGAUCAUUAGGAUUGGUUGUCGCAGAUUUCAUCGAUCAUCUUCAGAGAAAAUAUCGAAUUCCACCAUCCGAUAUACACUUGAUAGGCUACAAUUUGGGAGCACAUGCUGCAGGAUAUGUUGGAGAUCAGAUACCAAGAAUAGGUAGAAUAACAGGUCUGGAUCCAGCUGGUCCUUACUUUGAGGAUACAGAUCCCAGAGUACGACUUGAUCCGGAUGAUGCGGUCUUUGUUGAUGUCAUCCACACAGAUAGCCCCCCAUCUGCUCAAGUUGCAGGUAUGCUCCAGCCUGCUGGGCACUUAGAUUUUUAUCCAACUCCAGGUUGGAGAAGAACAGGAUGUAACAUGCUUGAAGGUAUAAAAAGUUUCCGUCGAUGCAAAGCUGUCCAUGCUCCUGAAUUAUUUACAGAAUCGGUCAACAUGGAUUGCCCAUUUUAUGGCUACAAAUGUGAUUCGUAUGCAAAUUUUUCUAGUGGCCAAUGUGACAGAGGCUGUGGUUCUGAUAUGUCUCAAUGUGCAUCGAUGGGUUUUAAAGCAGAAGAAUGGCUUCGUUACACAUCAUCCGAGCCAGUAACUAUGUUCCUCGAAACAUCAUUAGAAGAGCCUUUCUGCCGUUAUCAUUAUCAUUUUAAUGUGCUGUUAUCGGAUAAAGAAGAAUCAAGACGAUACCGAAAUGAAACUGGGCUACUUUUUGUUAGACUUGCUGGUACGAAAGGUCAUACUGCUCUACUCCAGGCCACUCCAAGGCCGGUUGUUUUUGCCAGAGGGAAUGCCUUAGAAUUCUUGAUAAGUGCUGGAAAUCUUGGACGCUUGUUAAGAGUAGAUGUCUUAUGGACGUCUUUACAUCCUCGGCCACUGAUCGAUAAUGUGCCAUCAAUUUUUAUCCACAGCGUCCGGAUUACCAACUUAGAAACAACUUACAGGGAAGUAUUUUGUGGCUCUGAAGAUCCGAUUACUCCUGAACACAUAAAAGUUUUCUUCAGAGGAGGAGUAUGUUAGCUGAACAGUGAUAAUCAAGAAAUAUAAACUCUGUAGUUAAAUUUUUUUUCAUGAUAUUUGUUGUUAUUAAAAUAUAUUUUAAAUUUG